AUGCCCAAUUACGUGAAGUUUAUGAAGGAUAUUUUGUCCAAGAAGAAAAGGCUUAGUGAGAAUAAGACUGUUGCUUUGAUGAAGGAGUGCAAUGCGUUCUUACAAAAUAAGCUACCUCCUAAAAUGAAAGACCCUAAAAGCUUUACAAUACCUUGUAACAUCAGAGAAUCUUACCACGAUAAAGCUUUGUUCGACCUUGGAGUAAGCAUCAACUUGAUGCCCAAAUCUAUUUUCAAACUGUUAGGAAUAGGUGAAGUAAAAUCCACUACUGUGAAACUUCAACUUAUGAAUUCUUCAUUAGCAUAUCUCGAGGGAAAGAUCGAGGAUGUUUUCGUAAAAGUUGAUAACUUUAUUUUUCCUGAUGACUUUAUUAUGUUAGACUUUGAAGCAGGUAGGGAAGUUCUGAUCAUCAUUGGGAGACCUUUCCUAGCCAUGGGAAGAAUGUUGGUAGAUGUGCAAAAAGGUGAACUCACCAUGCGAGUUGAAGAUGAUAAGGUAACAUUAACAUUCUGA